UGACACAUCCCUUCAUGGGGUCCACCGCUGCUGCUGACAUUGUACAGUACUACACCGCUGAUGCAGCAGCCGAGCCGCGCACACUGACCUCUCAGGAUAACAAUCUGACUCGCUUCAUAGCGCAUCGGAUUUCGGCCACGGCAUUCAGCCAUUUUAUAACAUUUUGAAACUUCAUAUCAUUUCAUUUCUAAAGCAUGCACCACAUGUGACCGUGGCGGCGAUGUGGAGUGGGCAAGGGGAUCAGCCAUUGGACACACGAGAGAAUUAACUGUGAAGGAUCAUGGGAGGUGGCAGAUGGACGAGAGUUGUGUGGGCAGAGCAAAGCCUGUGAGACACCAGAGAAGACCACACACACCAUGGACUACGGCUUCAGCUUCAACACGCUGAAGAAGCUGGCGGCCGAGCCGGACUACACGGACGUGAGCCUGGCGGCGGUGGAGCGCGUGCGGGCUCUCAGCAAGAUGGGCUGCAGCGUGGAGAUCAACGAGGAGAUCGCCCCCCGUCGCUACUUCCGCUCCGGGGUGGAGAUGGAGCGCAUGGCGGCAGUGUACCUGGAGGAGGGCAGCCUGGAGAACGCCUACGUCCUCUACAACAAGUUCAUCACAUUAUUUGUGGAGAAGCUUCCGGCCCACAGGGACUACCAGCAGUGCAGUGUCCCAGAGAAGCAGGUCAUCAUGAAGAAAUUACAGGAAGUGGCGUUCCCCAGGAAGGACCAGCUGAAGAAGCUUCUCCAUGAGAAGUACAACAGAGAACACGCGGAGUACCUGAGGAGCCAGAGCCAGGCGGUGGUGGCGGAGGGGUGUGGCCAGCAGCUCCAGCGCCUCUCCCUAUUGGAGGAGGAGAGGCAGCGCGUCGCGCAGCUCCGCCGGAUGCAGCUGGAGUCGGAGCAGUUCCGCCACUUUGAGGACCAGCUGCGGCGCCAGGAGCUGGCCAAUCGCAGGGAGGAGGCGGCCUCCCAACUGCCCGAGCAGACGGACGGGUCCUGCCUGACGACGCAGGCCGCCAAGAACCACGUCCGAGCCCUCCCCGACCCCGACAGGAACAAGCCGCCGCCCCCCAGCGCCAAAGCUGCCGGCACAGUCCAGACCCAGCGCGUGGAGGGGCUGAGGAGGGUGGUCCUCUCCAGAGACCUGACCUACCGCUUCCUCCUGCUGGCCGACAGCAACACGGCCCGCGGCAUCGAGACCUGCGGCGUGCUCUGUGGGAAACUGACCCAUAAUGAGUUUGUGCUGACCCACGUGGUGGUCCCUAAACAGUCUGCCGGGCCGGACUACUGUGACAUGGAGAACGUUGAGGAGCUCUUCAGCUUCCAGGACCAUCACAACCUGCUCACUCUGGGCUGGAUCCACACCCACCCCACCCAGACAGCCUUCCUGUCCAGUGUAGACCUGCACACGCACUGCUCCUACCAGCUCAUGCUGCCGGAGGCCAUCGCCAUCGUCUGCGCCCCCAAACACAACGAUACGGGGGUGUUCAGGCUCACAGGCCCAGGCAUGGGGGAGGUGGGAGGCUGCAGGAUGAAAGGCUUUCACCCCCACUCCAAGGACCCUCCCCUCUUCACCCAUUGUAAGCACGUGGUGUUGAAGGACUACAAGACCACAGUGCUGGACCUCAGGUGACAGAGAGGGGGCCCCACCCUCACCCCCGCACCAUGAACCCUCACCCCCUCCUCACAGCGUAACGCCAACAUGAGCCCAACCCUCCCCCGCCACAUCGCAGACUGGAAAUGUUUGUUUACAUGACGGCAUUUGUACUUUUAUUUAUUUCUGUGAAGACGGUACUGUAAACGGAGCGGGCCUGUUAAACGCUGGAGUGUCGUGAACUUGGACAGUGGAGCUGUGAACUUUGUUGAAGUUUAUUGUUGUUUUAAUGCUGCUGCUGUUGUUGUUUUUUAUCCUGCUUGUUUAUGCGAUGGCAUUUCGAUGAGGAAGGACUAGUUGACAAAGGCCUUUACAGCACAAGGCCUGAAAUGUCUCAGAGAUGGUGUGCGCGUGUGUGUGUGUAUAUGUGUGCUUGCGCAGACUUGAGACGUGUGCGUGUGUGUGUAUAAAGACUUCUUGCUGAGCCAGGUUUGGUGAACAUUUGAAGUGAUAUGACAAACUCACUGCUUGAAUUUUGAUGACAACUUUGUGGCUAACUGGUCUAGGAAGUUGCUUUUGUGUUUUGUGGUCGUGUUUGACUUCUAACUGGUAAACACAUUGGCCACUUGGAUGUCACAGUCUUUCAAGUUUUUAACUAUGUGUGUCGCAAGUGGUGACUUGGACCUAACAUAUCCCUUCACCUAGAGAGGUGGUCUGUCUGGGGAAGCUCAACCAAGCAGGACCUAACGUAUCCCUCCGCCUAGAGGUUGUUCUACUGUCUGGAGAAGCCCUACCAAAGUGCUCUGAAAAUAUCAGUCAAACAAAGACACCGUAGACGCCUUAUCUUUUCUCCUAUAUCCUCCUCUCCUAUAUCCUCCUCUCCUGUAUCCUCCUCUCCUAUAUCCUCCUCUCCUAUAUCCUCCUCUCCUCUACCCUUUUUCUGUGAGGGGUACCAGGUUUCAGGGUGAGUUCUCUAAAGCUCCGAGGCAUUAGGAUCAUUUGAAGUAUUUUGGCAAUAGACAAAGUCUGUCUUAUUUUUCUAUCUCAUGCUGAUUCUGUACCCAGGUGGUCAUGUCUCAGGAGGCGUGGGUGUCUCAAAGCUCCUUCCCAGCUAGUCCAGAGCUCUCCAACCCUCUUUCUGGGCUCCCCCAACCCUCAUUUAGUGCACACCCUUCUAACAGCUGCUGGGAGUCAGGUUAGUUACAGUCUAAGGAAAUAAUAACCCUACUGGACUGUUAGCUACCCAGGAACAGGGAUGGGGAGCUCCACCAUUGUUCAUCUCCGUCGGCGGCCGAGGCAGGAAGAGCCCUCCCCCGAGGUUCUGUCACCGCUGACAGCCUUCACAGGGUCCACCGGAGAGCGAGGGCGUCCGUACCCAAGUGGUUCAGGGACUGCACCGUCUCUGCUCCGUAAAAGCCCAUGUUCCACUGCGUGGCUACGAGCUUGAAGCAAACGUGUAUGUUCUUGUGGCUUUGUGUGUGUGUGUGUGUGUGUGUGGACUGUGGCCGUGACCCUUGAGCCUGUAUGUGAAGGUCACGCCCCUCUUUUACACUGCCGGUUUACUAAUAAAACUGCUACUGAUCCGUCCUGUGUCUGUGGACUGUCUGUUGUACCCACCCAGCACCUGAAAUACCCUGUAGCCUGUGGAUGGGACUCCUAAUACGCACAACACCCUUCCAUGUCUAGUGGAGAUCUGAUGGAUGUCAUGUUUGCCUGACACGUCACACUCCUGUGUGGAUCUGUGGACCGGCCUGCGUGUCUGGAUCAAGCUAGAGACACCUGUGGACUAGAAGUAUCAGCUAUCGAGGAAGCAGCUCUACAGAUACCAGCCGUAGCAGAACCAGCUCUGGGAAACGGCAGACCAGAGAGAGCAACUUUAAAGAAAGCAGCUCUACAGAUGCCAGCUCUAGAGAAACCAGAGAUACUAGCAAAUUAGAGAUAGCAGAGCUGUAGAGAUCAAAUAACAUGUUAGUUGUCUGUCCCUUGUGCAAGCAGUGUCUCAGAAGGCCGGCCCUGUCAGCAUCCUUCACAGACCCAGAGGAAGCCGGU